AUGCGCAAGCGUGUUCGGGAGACAUCCCCCAAGGAUGCUCCUAAAGAAGACCCAGAAAGUGCACUCACACGGCACGAAGCAGAGGUUUACGAUCGACAGCUUAGGCUCUGGGGACACGGCGCUCAAUGGCGACUCUCACAGAGCUGUGCCUUGAUGGUUGUUCUUUCGAGGGGCACAUCCGAUCUUCUUUGGUUCGAACUCGCUAAAAACCUUGUGCUUGCCGGUAUUGGACACCUGACUGUCAGCGCUUGGCUUUCGAACCCUGGAAAGUACGAAGGGACCACCGAGAGCGACUCUUGUGCUGUGUGCGGAGAAGGAUUGGCACCUAUUUCAGAGACGCAGGCUUUUAGAGAUAUCAAGGAAAUGAACCCUUUUGUUACAGUGGAGCCUGGACCAGAUGCGGGGUCGCUUCUGAAGAGCGUGGAAAACCUGGUUAACUUGAACGCGAACUGCGUCUGCAUCGUUUCACCCGAUUUUGAAGAACCGAACCCGCCUUCAUCGAAUACAUCGGAUGACAUGACCCCAUGCACACGCCUUGCGGAAUUCUGUGCUGAACUGAACAUUCCCUGCUUCAUUGCUGCGAGCAUUGGAUACUGUUGCGGUUUCUUCGUCAGCGAACCGGAAGAAAACGAACACUCGUGUAUCCAAGUGGCAGAGGCCUCAAACAAGAGAACGUCUCCGGGAGGCAUGCGUUUUCGUAGAGCCGAACAGCAUGCAAAACCUGCGGCCGUACAGGAUCCUUCUCAGAAUCAUCCGCGAUGGAAGUCGACCUAUGGGAAUAUUCUGGCCAAAUUACGCGACGUAUCGCAGGACGACGCUUCUUUGAAUAUCGCGAAUGAAGACGCAUGGCGUCCGUUUCUCAGGUGGAUGACGUUCCGGCGGAUGCGGAUGCCUCAUCCCCUCUAUAAGGUAAUCGGCGCGACAGCGAGGAGCGCUCUUUUCGCCGAGAAUGAUGACUCGAUCCCAACAAGUGGAAACGUCGUCGAUGCGUUGGGCUGGAACUUUCCGCCACUAGCCAAAGUUAUCGGUGGAAUCUGGUCUCUGGAAGUCAUCAAAAUGCUUGCUGGUAUAGAUCAUACUCAGUAUUUCGGGAAUUUCUUUUUCUUCGACGGUAUGACCGCAUGCGGUGCAUUCACUAAGCUCGUUACGAGCGAUAUUUCGAUCGAACCAAGUCGGGCAGAUCCAUAA